AAUUCUUCGUGCUUAUCCGCCCAUAGUCUAACGUACAGUCAACCCGAGCACUCCCGGCUUUUUCCCCUCUCCUUCCUCCAUCGCGACUUGAUUCGUCCGUCGCUCUGUCUCUCUUUGGUGCGCGCGCGUCAACUGAAGGAAAGAAUCGAGGAGGUCAACAGAUUCCCAUGGCCUCGGAUCUCUCUCAGCUGGAAUCAAGGUACCUUGAUGCCUGUCACAAGCUGGAGGUUCUACCCAAUUCUUCAAUCUUGUCAAGUUUGUCAAAAGUUAAGCAUCAGAAGGCACACUUUGAGCAAUGCCAUUUGGAAAUCUUGAUUGACCAUUUGACGUCUUCGGAUAUUCCUCCACUUAUAGAUACUCUGUCAGAAAUGAGUUUAUCUGAUAUAAAUGCAGUUGAUUUAUGCCAAAAAUCAUCUAAUGUUUUAUUAGACGGAGAAAGUCUUCUACUUCUACUUAGUGCAGUCAACCAAAAGCUUCGGGUUGUUGAUCUCAUUAAUUCAUCAUUUUGGAAAGAUGCUUUGCGUGAUAUUUGCCAGAGAGGUACAACAUGCCAGAUUUUGAACUUACGUUUCUCUUCUAUUCGAAAGCUCAACAUGAUUGGGAAAUUCAUGCAGUUACACACACUUAAUUUGGAUUUCAGUGUUCAUUUGACCAGUUUCCACAUCAGUUGUUUUAGUUGUAUGCCAAAGCUAAUGCGGCUCUCGAUGUGUGAAACACGAGUUGCUAAUCUUUGGAUGACCAGUGCUGCACUAUCAAAACUUUGUUCUUUGGCAGAACUUCGCUUCCAGAAUUGUUUGUGCUGUUAUGAUACUGGGCCAUGCCCGGCAUCUGGUGGAGUUAUUAGACCGGGAAAUGAGAAAUUUUGCUCUAGUAAGCAACAAUUUUCUUCUUAUUAUGGGUCACAGUCCAUGGCUAAUGAGAAUAUUUUGGAGCAAACUAUGCCACACUACUCACAGGAUACUCUUGAUGGCCUUUGUUUAGAGAAUCUUCUGUCAGUAAAUCAUAGUUUGCUUGGAAGCACUUCUGAGGAAUUAUCAGAAGAAAGUGAUCCUGAAUUUUCAAGUGAUAUACAAGGGAUUGAUAAUAUGCGAAAAAUUUCUGAUACCUUCACUGAGUUCGAUGGACAGGCCAAUUCAAACAUCUUUUUAAGACCAUCCGAACUUUCCACACCAUCUAGUUCUUCAGUGCCAUGUACUACCCCAAUUUCUGAGAUAAUGGAUGCAAGUGGAAGUUUAAAUAAUGACAAUUCUUUUACUGGGCAAGCAACUCUUGGUGAAUUUUGUUGUCAGCCUAAUCACAGUGAUAACAUUUUGUUCGAUGAUAUAUUUUUUCCUAAAGAUGAAGGUUCUUCAAGUGAUAUGUUGAAUGGGGGGAGAACUACAAGGAUGUCAUUGAAAAAUCAUAUUUCUAGUCAUCCUUCACCCAUUUGUUUUGAAAGAUACUACAGAGAAUUUAUCAUAACCUCACUGCCACGUCUAAGAGUUCUAGAUAAUUUGCCUAUUGGGUCUCUGGAGAGGCAGGAAGCAAAAGUAAUUUUUAACAGAUAUUUUGAGUGUGCACCAUAUAAUAGACAAUAUAAAGAUAGUCUUAUCAAUAUUCUGCAGAGGCGUGAAAUCAGCAGUGGUAUUUUUUCCCAGAAAGCUUCUAAAGUGAAGCAACCAUAUUUUAGAGAAAGUAAUCACUCGUUUCUCAGGUCACUUUCUGCUUCUAAAGUAAGCUCAUCACCACGGCCUCAUUUACAUUCCAUUUCCAAGUUUAGAAGUUGUUCAAAUGAAGAAACAAAGAGUUUUCGUCCAAGACAAUUUGAAUAUCACCCUACAGACCCAAGACUUAUGGUCUUUGGAACAUUAGAUGGGGAACUUGUCGUUAUCAACCAUGAAAGCGAGAAACUUGUUGGUUACCUUCCCUCUGUUGGAGCACUAAAUAGCAUUUUAGGUCUUUGCUGGCUUAAGAAGCAUCCAUCGAAGCUCAUUGCUGGCUCAGACAAUGGUUCUUUGCAAAUGUAUGAUGUUCGUCAAAUGCCAUCAAAGAUUACUGAUCGAUUUUGCACAAUGGAUGCUUCUAUGCACACAUUUGAUGAUUUUGAGCAAUUGACCUCCGUCCAUGUAAAUUCAAGUGAUGAAUAUUUCCUUGCGAGUGGAUUCUCAAAUCAUGUGGCUCUUUAUGACAUAGGCAGUGGAAGAAGGUUGCAGGUUUUCAAGGAUCUUCAUAAGGAACAUAUUAAUGUUGUCAAGUUUGCUCAUCAUUCACCCACUGUAUUUGUUACUGCAUCCUUUGAUAAAGAUGUCAAGAUGUGGGACUUAAGGCAAGGUCCUUCACAGCCUUGUUAUACAGCUCCUAGCUCUAGGGGGAAUGUGAUGGUCUGCUUUUCUCCUGAUGAUUACUAUUUACUUGCAUCAGCCGUUGACAAUGAGGUUAAGCAACUACUGGCUGUAGAUGGAAGACUCCAUACAUCAUAUGACAUUGCUUCUACUGGAAGUGCGCAAAAUUAUACUCGGUCUUAUUACAUGAAUGAAAGAGAUUACAUUAUAACUGGGAGUUGUGAAGAGCAUGUUGUAAGAAUAUGCUGUGCUCAAACUGGAAGGAGGCUAAAAGAUGUCUACCUUGAGGGCCGGGGUUCAAAAAAUUCCAUGUUCAUACAGUCUUUGAGGGGCGAUCCAUUCAGGGAUUUUCACAUGAGUAUCUUAGCAGCAUACUGGCACCCAUUUACUAAAUCUGAGAUCGUGAAGGUAAACUUGUUGCAAACUGAGGAAUGCAACGAAGAAAACACAUCUGGUCAGUGUGCCUUGGCUUCAUCUGGAAUGGGGGGUUAAAUAUCGAGAUUUCUCUUCUCGGAGGUGAUUUUAUAAUGUGUAAAGUGAAUUGCUGAUUUGCUGGUCAUUCCAAAAUGUCCAACCGGAGCACAGCUAUAGCACCCCUGAUACUGACCUUGCUGUUCAUAUUGCAUAUAAAUUAUUCCUCUAUCUGAUGCCAGCAAUCUUUGGUGUAAAUAUCUUUGUUUUAUGAUCAAUAGUUGUAUGAUGUAUGCUGUUCAUAGUGUUUCUGUAAAGAUUAAGAAACUUCUGUAGGAAUAUGUAAAGAUUAACUUGUGCUUCAGCAGUUAGUUCUUUCACUGUACCAAUAACUAUAUUGUGGGUAAAGUGAUAUUCAAAGGUGAGAAAUGUUGCUCAUUGUCACA